GACGUGCUUAUCCACUUUCAUAUCAUAGACGCCUUCAUCAUCAAAAUCAAAGCAGUUGCACAUAUCGAAUUAUGAACCUUUUCAUUCCACCUUUUGUCUUCUUUUUAGAGACCGCAUAAAACGGAUUAAAUUGCAGCCGUCGAAUUCAUCUCGAUACGUGCCGGCUAUUUAGCCAUGGCAGGGUAACCGGAAUCAUGGAACCACCUUCAAAGAAACCGAAACUUGGGCAAGCCCCUUAUGAUGAUGACGACGAUGAUGAAGCAAAUCUAGAUGAGCUCUCUAUGAGCCCCACCCAGUUUGAUGCCAGGCAAGACCCUCUUUACCAACUUGAUAAGGGGAGAGCCAAGGCUGCGACAAGACUAAAGUCGGCCUUUGAACGUAUCUUUGAAAAGUAUGGGAGGGAUUUCACUGGUGUUGGUGAUGAGAUUGACCUUGAGACCGGGGAGGUAAUUGUCAAUAAUGGACAUCUUCUAUCUCUGGACGACGAGAAAGAUCGGACUAGGGAGGCUUCCGUCUUAAGUAAUGAAGAAGAAGGAAUUAUGAAAGAGAAGGAUACCCGGCCGAUAGAAGGCUCUGGCUCUAAAUCUUUGGUACCGACUAAACCACCAAUACAUAGUCCUUCUCCAGGGCUACAUACCGGACUGAAUCAACCCAUCAUGUCCGGUGAACUCAAUCAUCAGCUGCUAUAUCCUGGGAUGCAAUUGCAUCCAUUUGGUUCCCCUGAUCCGUUCAUGUUCGGACCCCCAAUGUUCGGUAGUAGCUCUGUUGAUCCGCUCUGGCAGACCCCAGAGCUUCCACCACCCCCCUACCAGGAUAGAUUUGGCUUUAUUGGCCAAUCCAUGGGGUAUCACAAUCAACUCGGAUAUGGUCCGUCAAUAGCGCCAGGGGGUUAUAAUAGUGGUUUCCUCGGUCCUCCUUUUCACCAUCAGAUACCGAAGAAAGUUUCCCAUGCAAAGACAACGGGGCGAAAAAAUCUACAUCCAAUACCGGCUACUAAUGAUUCCGACGAGGAUGACAUACUUUUGGGGGAUAAUACGCAAGAAAUUGCCAAAAUUACAACUACGGAAAAGAACAAGUCCUCUCCAUUGGCUUCGCCAACCAAGAAGCUAAAGCAAACGGGCCGGAAGGAUACGAAAGUAGAUUCCGAGACUGUGGCUGAACAAGCUUCUCAUACCCUUCAGAAGUCACAGCGUAGGCGACCAAGAAAGGUAGCCGUGUCCGUAGAACAGCCAUGUUCCAAUACGAGGAUAAUAUCACCACCGCCGCCAUCAGAAAAGGAGUCCACGGUAGCGGAGCAGAGAGCUGAAAAGCUAGCCCAGAUUGAGGUCUUAAUUCGGGCAAUGCGCCCUUCUGAUGUUCAAUACAGAUCUUCGCGGAGUCGUAAGCAGAUAGACUCCUACGGCCAAAUGUCGAAGACCAAGAGUCGGCAAGGGUCAAAGACAGUUGAUUUAUCAAAUUCCCUAGAAGAUGUGCCCUCAGAAGCUCCCGAUUCUUCUCCAGGAGUAGACGAAUCUAAGGAACAUACAGAAUCUGACACCUCUCAGCAUGGGGAGGUCGCGCAGCUUACGAUAAGCGAAGACUUCGAAGACUUCGAAGAAGUUAUCGAUAAAGGGCUUGUUAGACAAGCCGAUAUCACUAUUCCGGAUGAAGAAAGUCAUGAUGACGGGCUACUAGUGGGCCAUGAAGAUACAAGCAAUAAUGAGAAUGUUGAAAUUGAGGCAGCCGAUCUCCCUUCUAGUCUUGAUAACUCGGGGGAGAUGGAUCCCUUGUUUUUGAAUAAUGAGAUCGACACGAUAGUGAUGGAAAUACCGACAGACAGCAAAACACCUCCGUUGAGCGAACCUACAUCGCCUAGUAGCCAUUCUAAUGAGGAACAAGUACUCGAUAACCCGCAGGAUUUGGGUCAGACCGCCAGCCCCGAUGAUCGAGAAGUAAACUCGAAGAGCAACGCUAUAGAGAAUACGAACUGCGUAGUAGAAACCAUAUCCUAUGAUAUUACGAGCAAUGAGAUUCAAGACACCCCCAUAGAAGCUCAGGAAGUCAAUCUUGCACGAGAUAAUUCUCGUGAAGUAACCCCGAGUCUACCUGCAGCGAUAGAGCCAGAGGAGACUGCUGCCCAAUUGCCCGAUCUAGCACAAGAAUUUAUCCAACCUGUUAGCUCUCCUACUCUGGAAUUGGAGUUACCCUUCGAUCAUGCUGUAAUCCAGCCAGAUUCCAUAGAACAAGACCCAGGCCAGCCGUAUUCCCACGAAGAGGAAGAAGUCAUAUUUCUGCCCGCGCUAGAACCAGCUAUACCAUCUCCACGACAAAUCAGCCCACCUACCGAAACGUCUGAACUAGUUCUACGGCCAUUACCGGUCCAAAGCGAACAAAGCAAGGAGGCCGAUCCAACGGAUAUUCCGAACUUACCUAUGAAUCCACCCUCUUCAUCCACACAACCCGCCUCCAAAAUUACAGCCCCUAGCACGCCAAAGAAACGCAGCAAAACAUCAGCGGCCCUCGAAAAGACAAGCAGCAGCCAUCGCACUCCGUCCACCCGUAGAAACCGAGCCCUAACAUCCCUCAUCCCCGACGACCCAGACCAAGACGACGACGAGCUAAGCGUCCUCUCGUCAAGCGUCACAGCAAGCCCAUUCAUCACCCGACCUGACCGCAACAUCAUCGCCAUGACUUCCCACCACCCCCGCGACUCCUCCACACCCCGUAAAUCCAACCAUCGACACGGCUUCCUCAUGGGCUCCAGCACACGUACACCCCACCGCACCAGCAAGCACGCCGCCCCCCCUGCCACCGAUUCCCGCGCGUUCCGCGGCACAAAACGCAGAUUCAUGGCUAGUAGCCCCGUAGCACAGAGCUCGCCGCUAGCGCGCACGGUGGUGAAUGUUGAUAGCGUCAGCAUUCUCACUUCUACGCCGUCGCGGCGGGCAAAGAUAGGCGGUGGCCCGAGCAUAAUGCUGGAGAGCAGCCCGGUGCGCACGCCCGGCGGCUCGGCGCGUAGGUGUGGCGAGGAUGGGUUCGUGUGUGAUCGGGAUUUCUGCUUUACGUGCUGUAAGUAGAUGGAUGGAUGGAUGUGGCAUACCUACUAGUUUGAGGGAUGAGAUAGGAUGGGGUUGAGCUGAAUCGAGUUGAGGCGGAUAUAGCUUGAUUAAGCCCAAAGACGGGUUAUAGAUGAGGAAGAAGUGCAUAUAGCUGGCUGGUAUAACUGGCAGCCUCGAUUAGAAUUAGAGUAUAUAGUAAUAGCAUACCAUGGCAUAUAUUUAGUACCUAGGCAUGGUUUACGCUUGCUAUGGCGUGGAGCAGUGUUUGUUGUGUGUCCAGCGUACAUACAUACUAUUUGCCUAC